AUGGCUGGCUCCCCUCCCAAGUCUCCCCCUGCGACCUUCACCUCGCACCCCUCAGCCGAGAAGCUCAUCGAGUCCUACCUGCGCGCCCGAGUCCGCUCCGGCGAGAAGGAGGACGAGUUCAUCCACGAGGCUGACCUCUACACCAAGGCCCCCGGCGACCUCACCCGGCAUUUCACGGCGGCGACUACAAGCGAUGGGCGGAAGGCGUGGUACUUCUUCACGAAGCUGCGGUUUAGGGGCAGCUGCACGGACCGCGUGAAGCGCGCCGUGGACACCAGGGAUGGAACCUGGUGCAACACUAAGCCAGCGCAGCCCGUGCACUCCGGCGACGGCAACGGCCUGCGGAUAGGGCAGAGUCAGACCUUCGUUUUCGUGAGGAAGGAGGCCGAUAGGCAGGUGCAUUUGGGCUGGGUCAUGGUGGAGCUCUGCCUGGGCGCCUCGGACCCAAAUGCCCUGUGCAAGGUGUACCGCAGCAAGAAGUCCAAGGCGGAUGGCGGGAGUCCUGUGGCGGCAAUGGCGGGGGCGCCUGGAAGCAAGGAAGCGGACGACGAGGCCUCCACUGCGGCUGGAGUGGAGAUGCCUGGACGCGAGGACGAGGAGGAGGAGAUUGAUGCGGAGGCAGCGGCCGCGAGGCCAAUGCUCAAGAGGAAGGCGGGCGACAAGGAGUGUGGUGCGGAGACGGCGGCGGCGUCGCCUGGACGCGAGAAGGCGGCGGUCGGCGACAGCGCUGUCGCGGCCACGACCGGGGAAUUCUGCGUUGGCUGGUGGGCCUCUCCUGGUGCUGCGGAGGAGCCCAACGAUCCGAGCAAACGCAAGUUCUAUAUAAUCCUUUGA